CCCUCUAUGGCAUGGCGUUGCCCUCAGGCAACAAACCACUAUUUUGGCCCACACUCCCCCCCUUUCAUUUUUUUAAAUCAAAACUCUACACUGAAAGUCUUCUGAGAUGUCUGUGACCAAUGAAAUUUGAUCUGGGUGUGGCUUUGACCUUUUGUGUGGGGGUGAAACCGUCCUUUUUGGGACCACAGCCAACUUGGACACACUGCUAGCAAAAGGAAAUGGAUGCACAAGCAUUUUAUGGGUCUAAGAAACAUGAUCAAGAGGUUAGGCUCAUCCCUUCCGACAGUGAGGAUAGUGAGCUCGAGGAGAUUGACAGUGAGGAAGAGUGGACUCCAGAAUCAGCUGGUAUGCCUGAUGACAAUGAGUCACUGGAUGAAGACGAAAAUGAGGAUGAAGCAUCACAGAAAGAUGUUCCACGCUUACCCCAUUGGAGAACACCCCGCAAUGCCAACAUCACUAAUUACCCAGAAUGGCAGGCCAGCCUUCCAAAAUCAGAUGAUAUCAAGUCCCCUUAUGAAUACUUCAAGAUGAUUUUUUCUGAAGACAUCCUGGAAGUAGUUGUAGAGCAGUCAAAUUUAUAUGCCAUUCAGUGUAACAUAAACAAGCCCCUUAACCUCACAACUAAAGAGCUGGAGCAAUGAAGUGAGACAAGGAGAAAAUGUUGAUCCUCUCCACAAAAUCAGACCACUGGUCACUCAUCUCACCUCAAAGCUGCAGACAAUCCCAAUGGGUGAGAAGUUGGCUGUAGAUGAGCAGAUGGUCCCUUUCAAGGGAAGAAACAGACUCAAGCAAUACCUGCCAGCAAAACCAAAAAAAUGGGGCUACAAGAUACUUGUCUUGGCUGGCUCUGAUGGUGUCCCGCACAAUUUUGAGAUCUAUACAGGGAGAGUUGUGCAACCCCCUGAGCUGCCAGAUGUAGGAGCAAGUGGCAACGUUGUCCUCCGCCUGGCCCAGCCAAUACCUAAACACCAGAAACAUAAGCUUUUCUUUGACAACUGGUUCACGAGUGUUCCUCUCAUUCUUACACUUGCUCAGCAGGGAAUUCACUGUGCUGGCACUGUCCGUGUCAACAGACUACCAGGUGUGAGCAUGAUGUGUGAUGCUGAGUUGAAGAGAACUGGACGUGGAUCUUUUGACCAGAAGACGGCCAUGGUUGGAGAUACCACCUUGCAUGCUGUGAAGUGGUAUGAUAACCGUUCAGUCAGUCUUCUCAGUGAUUACAUUGGAGCACACCCGGUCACUGAUGUUGAUAGGUGGGAUGGAAAGCAAAAAAAAGUCAUCAGAGUUCCCUGUCCUGCUGUGGUGAGAGAGUACAACAAGAAUAUGGGUGGAGUGGAUCUGUUGGACUCUCUCAUUGCACUGUACCGCACCAAAAUCAGGUCGAAGAAGUGGUACCACCGACUGAUGUUCCACUUUAUUGACAUGACCACCGUGACUGCCUGGCUGCUCUACAAGAGAGACUGCAGCAGCACUGGGAUGAGUAAAGAGGAACAGAUCAGGCUUUAUACGUUCAAGUCAUAUAUUGGAGAAAGCUUAUGCAAAAGUGGCAAGAAUCUGGAGCAUAAGAGAGGUCGUCCCAGUUCCACAAUUGCUGGGGAGUACAAAGAAAAGAGGAAAAGAGGACCUGCUACACCUAUUCCAGUCCCUGAUGUGCGUCUGGAUGCCACAGCCCACUGGAUGGUCAUGGAUGAAAAGAAAGGGAGAUGCAAGGUACCAGGAUGCAAAGGUACACCAAAAGCCAAGUGCCAAAAAUGUGACGUCCACCUCUGUUUCACAUCCACCAGCAACUGCUUCCUGAGGUUCCAUACAGAAUAAUACAGACUGUGUUUUGUCAAAAAUCAGUACCCCAAAGGAACACACAUUCAUAAACAUAAACACACACUGCAGCUAAUCUGUAAUGUACUCAUUGAUAAACCACGUGUGACUGUUUGUUGAAAGAAAACUUUGAAAUUGCUGUUGUUGUUGAAAAAAAACUUCUUGUUAUGUA